AUGGGCGGCAAUGGCCUUUGGCCACCAGCCCGGCCAAACCUGGUGCAAAGGCAGGCGGAUCCGAACCAGUGGACGAUGCUCCGGGAUAUCUCGAAGAAGCAGAUGCCAAGGAAGCCGCCCUUCAUCGCGAUCAACCUGCUGAACAAGAUCACCCGCAUGAACAAGGAAGGCAAAAAGGAGACCGUCCGGGUUUUCAGCCGGCAGUCGACCAUCAUCCCUGCCAUGAUCGGCCACACUUGUGCGGUACACAAUGGUCGGGAGUUUGUGCCCAUUGUCAUCAACGAAGGCAUGGUCGGCUUCAAGCUGGGGGACUUCGUGCCGACCCACACCUUCACCUCCCAUCCCAAACAGGCCGGACGACAACUUGCAAGCUUCUGCUUGAACCUGUGGCGAAGUACCUGCCUUUCGAGUGUAGGAGGACUGGACUCAUGCUGCACAUCUUGCACAUGCACGUGGGCUGUGCUCACUAUGCGGACUAAGCUCAAGUUCUAUGAUGAGUUAAGAAGUUGUUGUAAAAGUAGGCCGGUUCACUUUAUUGGGGGCGACUUGAAUGCCAGACUUCACCACCGAAUACUGGCAGCGGCAACGGUACUCGCCACUUAUCUUGGGUAG